UUUGAAAGGUUUGGUCUUCGCUUCAUUCGGAACCUCACGCUCGUUUUGAUCCGGGACUGUGUUCCACCUCCACGGUCGCCUUUCAGUUCUCUUCUCCCCGCGCCUCUUCGAUUAUCUGCUGUGCAGGUCCUGAACGAGUCUGCAUGUCUGUGACAUUUCUUUCGAUUCUUUACCAGCUGUGCUGUUGAUACGUUGAUUAAUACUCCCUUUAUUUGGGUCUUAUUUUCUAUCUUUCUUCAACUUUUAGCCCUUUAGCCAAGCCUCCGCCAUGAAGAGAAUCAAGUCUGCCUUGGCGCCAGCCCUGCUACUAAUCAGCGCAGUGGCCGCUGGAGCAGGACGCGAUCUUCCCAAUAGUAACAAAGGACCAAGGAUCGAGGGCAAGGAUGGGAACUUGAUAUCUGGGGUCGGCAGAGCGCAUGCGGAUAACGUUGGGGUACUUAACAUACCUGCUUCUGAGCAAGUCAGCGGGCUGGACAUUGGGGACAUCGCCACCAAGAUCUCUCAAAGUAAAGGACUCGACGUUGGCUCAUUACUCGACGAAAUAACCCAAGGACAGAGAAAUGGCCAAGGGAAAGGCGUGGGCUCAGGAGCUAUCAAGGAUAACAAUAUCGCCGCUGAUCUCGCAAACCAGAUCGCUGGAGGAGGUUCACCAAGCAUCGAUCAGAUCCUCAAUGCUUUGAAUGGGCAGGAACAAGGCCGCAAGAAUUCGGGCGCGGCAAAAGGUCAAGGCGGCACCCAAGGCAUUGAAAUCGGUGUUGGUGUAUUGAUUGGCGGUAACGGUAAGGGACAUGGAGGCGGUCGAAAUCAAAGCCAGAGUGCAAGGCCUAUCGGCACAGGGAAUAUAGCUGGCGACAAUGCGAAGAGUAGGACAACUGCUGCAGGAACAUCAGCACCUGCGCUAGAAGCGAAAACUACACUACCCCCUGCUCAGGGCCUGAAUGCUACACUAUCUUCCAAACACACCAAACCUGCCGAAGCAGCAUCAGCUUCUGGAGUACUUCCACCAUCAAGGGGAAACCAAACGGAUGCCGUGGCCAUCUCCGCAGGAGGAGAGCGGAAACAAGGCGCGAACACUACAACAUCCUCCUCUAGUGUUGUAGCCAUCAACUCUGCGACUUUGACGCCCGGUGGCUUGGCUGCGAAGACAACCAGCGCAGUCGGAAGCGCAGUCACCGUCCAGGCUGGUGGUAACGGAACUAAAACUAGUAGUUCUAGCUCAACAAAGGCCUCUGCGAGUGGUGCUGCUGCUGCGCCCGUAACCAUAUCCGCUGGCUCAGGAAACGGUUCGAACUCAUCUGUCGCCCAAGCUGCAACGAAGAAAAGCACCCACACUGUCACCGUCACCGUUGUGGUAGGUGUAGGCAACGGAUCCUCCAACAGUACCGCCGCACGCUUGUCUUCCACCAAAGCAGCAUCAGUCAAUACAGCGACCCGCACGAAAGCCAUGGCCACCCCUGCGUCCUCCAAAGGUGCAGCCGUCACUGUCAUCGCUGGAUCAGGAGGUAGUUUCAAGAAUGGCGGGUGUACAUGCCACUGCAUCUGCCCGGCCGGAUCGUUCCCUAUGAAAGCACCACAGGCCCCGGCUUUCCAGCUUGGGCCCCAGCUUGGAUCCAUGGCGCCGUCGCCGGGAAGUACGAUGCAGACUGUUGCCUCAGCGAUCACUGUUAUACCGGGGAGUGGGAUCCCGAUUGGUACGCAGCAAGGGAUUACUCCACCAGCGGCUGCGGCCAGCAGCGUGGGUGCUACUUCCGCUACACUGGCAUCUGCAUCUGCAUCCCCAUCCUCAUCCACAGCGGCGAGUCAAGCCGCCAGCGUGAUUGCGAGUAGUUCUACAUCCAUUUUGCCAGAAGCUCCUAGUGCGAGUUCAGCAUCCAUUUUGCCGGAAGCUUCUGGUGCGAGUUCAACGCCCCCUUUGCCGGAAUCUUCUAGUGCGAGUCCAACAUUAGCGUCUGCAUCGACAAGUGUCGACGUGCAGAGCCAGGUUGCAGCGAGUCCUACACCUACUCCGCUACCGGGGACAAGCACGACGGCUGCACAGCAGCAGAACGGCCUGCCGUUUGAUAUCAAUACGAUUGAGCUGCACAGUCGAGUUACGGUGGGGCUUGGGAGAAGGUUGGCAAGGCCUACUACAGCGGUGAAGAGGGGGCGACGGUGGUGGUGAGUAGGAAAAGUUAGAAAUUGGUAGUGUUAGCAAGAGGAGUAAAUACCCCCUUUGACACUCGUUGAAUGAAUGUAUGUUUCCUUCACUUAAUAGUAUAUAGUUGUCGUAUCGACAGUAGAAGCAUUGAGU